AUGUGUUUAAGCUCUGCAAGAGAUUCAGUUAGGGAUUUGGUUUCAAUUGAAUGUCCCCAACUUGCUGAAGCUCCAGUCACCAUGAUACAAUCAAGUAUUCCUUCUCCUGAUAUGUGGGCUAUGGGUGGUAUCAUGGCUGAAUUGCUUUCACUCAGCCCUCUUUUUCCUGGUUCCAGUGUGAUUGGCAGUCCAACUCAGAGAUCAUGGGCUGAGUUACCAGGUGCCCACCUUUCUGUGCUUAUUCCAUAUGCUAGUGACGAUGCUUCAAAUCUCAUUAGUUCCCUAUGUUCUUGGGACCCAAACAAGUGGUUGACAACUUCUGAGGCACUACAACAUCCGUUCGUUCAGUCCUGCUAUUAUGUUCAUUCAUCUCUACGGGCAAGAACUGCAAUUACUAGAACUCCUCCAUCUGGUUUGUUCUUUUAUCUUUGGGGGCUGUCCUGCUAUUAUGUUCAUUCAUCUCUACGGGCAAGAACUGCAAUUACUAGAACUCCUCCAUCUGUUGGAACUAAGGAAACACUGGAUCAUAGGAGCAGUAGGAGAUACUCUGGAACUUUCUCUGAUACAAAACCUUUGCGCAACUUCUCGUCUGUAAAGGCAAAGACUACAUUGAGUCCAGGUGAACAUCUGUUUUGGGUCAACUUAAAAGCAUAUCCAGAAUCUUUAAUGCCGCACGUUGAUCAUCUCACUACGAAUGUGAAUGAUGGACAUCUGAAAGAGAUUUUCGGUUUUGCGAAGCAGGUCGAUUCAACUUAA